AUGCUGAGUGAAUCACCCUGCCUUCAAGGCCUCAUAGGUCCUCAGAUGGGUCUCUCCACGUACAAUCAACGUCACCUUGGAUUUGGCCUUGAAUGCGUAAACACCCACCCCUACCUCCACCCGCCCCAACUCUGGGAUUGGACGAAUCGUCCAAUGCCUCUUCAACAUGCAUGUAUGCAGGAAGACAAGAGUUGGGUUAAUUUCACGGAUUACACACCACUGUAG